GGGGAGCGAUGGUUCGUAUUUUGCGGAUUUUUAAAGUGCGGUAUUUUUCCACCCAAGCUGACCCAUAUAUUGGGCCGGUCGACCUCGGGCAGGUCGUGAAAUCAGUAAACUGGGCCCAUUCCCCCACUCCCCGCUACUCUCUACUGGCGUGAAAUUUAAAAAAGUGUCCGGAAGUUUCCCGAGCGGCGAAUACAAACAAAACAACAACAACAAAAAACAAUAAGAGAAAACCAUUAAAAAAAAACACCGUUCAACAAUUUCACGGGUUCGUCGCCUGCCAGCGCGUUGGCAUCUUUCGUGUACGGGCGGCUUCCCGUCAGCGUCAGCGCCGUGCUUUCCCGUGGCUUUAUGCAACUGUUCGCUACUGGUGCUUUCCCGCUCUCUCUCUCUCACACACACAGGUCGCUGGUCGGUGGUACUAGAGGAGAGGGGAGUGCAUAGAGCGUGGGGAACAACAACGGCACAAAGGUGUGUGUAACCACUCCGUUUUUGGAAUUGUGCAGCAGCAUCACGCCUAGCCGAACGCGUUUAACGCGCGAGCAGGAUAGAACAUAGAGAGAGAGAGAGGGAGGGAGAAAGAGACAGAGCGCUCGCGCGCAAGAGAGUGAGCAAGACAGUCGCGAUGGGGGGAGAACUAACAAGCGUAUGAAAUGUACCGUACGGUCAUGCUCUCUCUCUUUCUAUUUCUCUCUUUUUCUCUUUCUCUCUCUCUUUCUCUCGCUCUCUCUCUGUAUGUCAGUGGACUAUUCCACCCUUCCCUUGCGUGUCCGGUGCGGGACUGGCACACGGUGGACGGUGGGUUUGGCUUAGGGGGUUGUGUGCCUCCAGCAGUUUGGUCAUGCCACUGCCAAUUCAGCCCGCGUUUGGUGCGCUUAAGUGAAAGCGCUCUCCCGUCGUACCAGCGCCAACCCAAAGCCAAACCGCUCUUUCACCUGAAUCACCAUCACUGCGCACAUCCCACCCCCUUCCCAUUUAAGAAAAUCGAUCGUACCGCGCGACGUAGUGAAUGUCCUUCAAGCAGGGUGCGAGUUGGUUUGUGUGUGUGUGUGUGUUUUUUUUUUUAAUAUUUGUUUUGUUAGCAAGCAACUGUUACAGUUGCGUUGUGCGGUGCAGUGUGGGAGCAAUUGUGUUGGCGCUCCGUUGUGUGCUUGAGGAUUUAGUGUGCGGCCCGCUAGUCGGCAAACGGGCAACAAGAAAGGGGCACCCUGUGGGAAGAUUACAAAAUUGUGUCACGCGGGGCGGGGGGCUACUCCGAAAUACAAAACAAAAAACAGAAAACCAAAACAAAGGCAAGGUGAACAGCAGCACCCCAUCAAAGAGAGAGAGAGUGCGAGAGAAGGGGAAAAUAGUCAACCACAAGGGUCUGUUUUUUUUUUAAUGUGUGCGUGUGUUUAGCUUGGUGGUGUCGUGUGCGAUCGGUCGUGUACGUGAAUCAGUUAGUUGUGGUCCGUUAUUGCAGUUCGAUUUAUGGAUAGACGCAUCUGUGGCGGCCGUGCUCUGUGUGCCGUCGCUCCCUGAACUGCCCUGCACGGAACCUGGCGAAUGCUACUGCACUGUGCAACGCGACGCCGCUAAAACCCAUGGCUCGGCUAGUGUGGGCCUUCCUGCUGCUGGUGGCGUGCACCUGCAGCAGCACGCACGCCAACGAACCGUCCGCCAAAUCACUGCAUCAACCGCAGCGGCAGCAGCAGCUGCUGCUGUCCCGCCGUGACGCCUUCGAGCUGGCCCAGGAGCGGGAGCAGGUGCUGGCCGCCCAGCAGUCGAUCGCGUCCUGGCGCCAAACGCUGCACCAGCAUGGCCGCCCGGCGGUGGACGAGCCCGGUACGGCCGACCCGCACGACGAGUCGGAGCUGCAGCGUCCCGAGCAGCGGCGCCGCCGCCGCCGCAAGCGGGCCGACCCUAAGGAGGGCGGCCUGAGGAACGAAACGCUUGGUCCGGACGCGCCCACCGACCCGGACGACGGCGGGGACGAUCCGGACACGUCCGUCGUCUGCUACGGGCCGCUCGGGUGCUUCCACGAGACGGAGCACCUGCCGGAGAUGCUGCCAUCCUCGCCGGCGGAGGUCAGCACGCGCUUCCUGGUGUACACCACCACCCACCGCAGCGAAAAACCGCUGAUCGAGUUCACGUACGAGGAGCUGGUGGUGGCCGGGUUCGGUGCCGCCUACUGGGCGAACGGGACGAACGACACCGUCUCGAUCCCGGUCGCGACCGGCACGUCCUCCACGCUGCUGCAAACGUUCGGCGACCUGAGCAACCGGACGGUGCGCGUGAUCGUGCACGGGUUCGGCUCCAACUGUGGCCUGGUGUGGAUCUACGAGAUGCGCACCGCCCUGAUGGCAGUGGAAAACUGUACCGUGAUCUGCGUCGACUGGGAGAAUGGCGCGAAGCUGCCGAAUUACGUGCGCGCCGCCGCCAACACGCGGCUGGUCGGGCGGCAAUUAGCGCUGCUGCUGCGGCUGCUCCGCACGCACAACGGGCUGCGGUUGUCGCGCGUGCACCUGAUCGGCUUCAGCCUCGGGUCGCACGUGGCCGGCUUUGCCGGGGCCGAAUUCUCCACCCCAUCGGAGCAGGAGGAGCAGAUGGAGAAGGAAGAGGAGGAGAAGGAGGAGAAGGAGGAGGAGCACGACGGCGAGGAGGAGGCGGAUGCCGAUGAGCUGCAGCGUACGGCGCGGGCGGGCAACCCCUCGGCCCACCCGGGCACGGAGCGGCCCGCCAGCCGGGCUGGGCUGUGGCGUAUAACGGGCCUGGAUCCGGCGGGGCCACUGUUCGAGGCACAGCCGCCCGAGGUGCGGCUGGACGCGGGGGACGCCCGGUACGUGGACGUGAUACACUCGAACGGCGAGAACCUCAUACUCGGCGGGCUCGGCUCCUGGCAGCCGAUGGGCACGGUCGACUACUACCCGAACGGGGGGCGGGUGCAGCACGGCUGCACCAAUCUGUUCGUCGGCGCCGUCACGGACAUUAUCUGGGCACCACCGACGACGGUCGAGGGUCGGUCGCUGUGCAACCACCGGCGGGCGUACAAGUUCUUCAUCGACUCGGUCGCGCCGCGCUGCCACUUUCCCGCCUUCCCGUGCGAAAGCUACGACCAGUUUGCGGCGGGCGAGUGCUUCGACUGCGGCAACGGGACGGCCCGGUCCGCCUGCGGCCGCAUGGGCUAUUACGCGACCAGCCGGGACGUGGGCGGGUACGGCCAGCUGUACCUGCGCACGCGCGACGAGGAGCCGUACUGCGCGAACCAGUUCCGGUUGCGGCUGCGUAACGCGCCGGACGAGCUGCCGCUGCGCACGGUCGGCCGGUUCGAGCUGACGCUCGAGGGCGGCGACACCGGCAACGGGAUCGAGGACGGGCAGCCGAGCGGCGGUGCCGCCCCGCCCCUGCUCACCUUCAACGAGACGUUCCAUCUGGACGAGGCGCGGGAGGACCGCGAGUUCCAUGCCGGCCAGUGGCUGACGACGAUCCUGGUGCCGCAUCCGGCGCUGGGGCACCGGCCGCGGGCCCUCACGAUCACGUACCGGCCGUACCGGGGCGGCUGGUGGCAGCGCUCGAGCGUCGGCAAGCAGCUGUGGCGCAUCGGCCCGAUACUGCUGACCGCGGACGACCAGCGGACGUACGGGUCGUGCGCGACGCUCACGCUGCAGGCGGACGUGCCGGUGCGCAUCGAGCUGCAGUCGAUACUGCUGCACACGCUGGACGAGCCGGACGAGGACGGCAUCGAGUGCCGGGCGGCCGAAGAGCUGAACCACCCUGCGCACACCGCCCACACCGUCGCCGGGGCUAGCGGACCGGCAGCAGCAGCACUGCCGCCAGCACCACCCAAGCCACCGAAAAGCUCGAUCGACGAGCUGACCGUCGGUUCGAAGCAUCCUGCCGGGCACGACCACUUCUCCUGGACGCCGGUCGCGAUCAGCAUACCGCGCCACUCGCCCCAGCCCGUGCACGUCAACGAGAAGCGCUCGUUUUCCGACGCCCUGCUGCCGGGCCAGCAGGAGCAGCAGGAUUCGACGGCCCCCGGCCAGCAGCCGCUGCUGCCACCGACCGCCCAAACCGUGCAGCUGUUUCCCUCCCGGCUGGUGUCGUUCUUCGAGCGGGCGGAGCGGUACGCCCGCCGCACCUGGGACGCCCUGUUCAGCGGCAACGGGACGGACGGGGCGAACGCCCUCCUGCCCAAGCUGGCGGCGCCGAGCGACGCCGCCGCCGACGAAGCGACGGUUGCGACGAGCGUCCCCGAGCUGCUGCUGAUGUCGCCCGCCCGCCACUCGGAGGCCAGCGGCGCACCGGCCCCAGCCACCGGCAGCAGUCCGGCCCCUGGGACAAGCACGCCGCCGCCGCCAACCGAACCGCCAACCACCAGCACCGAGAUACGGAUCGCACUGCCCACCUUCCGGCCGAUGGGGCGCACGCUGGCACCGGACGGGGCGGUCGGCAGCGGCCGCCAGCACUACACCCGCUUCAUACCGCUCGUGUACGAGGAGGGCAGGGACGCGGUAGCCGCCAGUACGGCCGGCGCACGGAAGGCGGCCGCCCGAUCGCGGUAAAGCGCCCUCGCGGCAACCUUUUCUUUUACGAUGUGAUAGCAUUUUCCCUUUUGUUUCUUCACCGCCUCCCCACCCCCACCCCCCCCCCCCCCCCCCUGUAAACCAAACACAUACACAUACACACUGCCCACGCAUACAUUCAUCUACGGAAUAUGUUUGUUUGUUUGUUUGUUUUUUUAUACAUGUAUACAACCUAUUUACAAGUUAGGAUUACUAUAUUAGUUAGGGACGGGCGGAGAUGUGCCCGCGCUAGUGUGUGUGUGUGUGUUCGUGUGCGUGUGUGUGUGUGUGAGUGUGCGAGUGUGCGUCCCCGCUCGACGAUACCCCGCUACUGGCGGUUCCUAGUUGUUAUGUAAUUAUGCUUCUAUUUUUUUUUGUCCUGUGUAACUGCAACGAACGUGCAUAUGAAGCGAAAUAAAGAAUUUCAUAUAUCCGGAGUAUAU